CCCAUUGCGAAAAAAGAAUUACUUAAGGGAAAUUUCGAGUGUGUUUAGGGAAUUUUUACGACAGAAGGUUGGCAACUCGCGUAGAAUAUCUUCUUACGUCACUAAGUCUGUGUUUUCGAUCCAUUUCGUUGUUGUUUUCAACGUGCGAUUGAGUAAUUCGCUUUAAUCUCGACAUUUCGCCAGAGAUUCUUUCCCAUUUGCAUUACAAUUUGAACAGAUUAAUUAUGAAACGCCAGUUACCCGCUUUUUAUGGGAAAACAAAAUUAACCAGAAAAAGUUCGUUGGUAGAUGAUAAAGAUGACUUUUCUAAUGUUAAAGAAUGUCUACAAAUGCUGAAAUCUUUAUUUCCAAUUGAAAAAUUUGAUAAUAAGUUACCCCCAAUUAUUAUGAAACAUCAAAUUUAUACUUUAAUGAAAAAUAGAACAGAAGUUGAUAAAGAAUUAGAUAGUCUUUUGAAUGAAGGUGAAAUAAGAAUUUUUAAAUUAGGAAGAAACAAUGAUGAAUUUGCCAUUGUAUUUAUGAAAGACUAUGAAGAUCAUUUAAAUAGAUUAUGCAAAAAUAAUGAAAUAAUAGUACGGUUUUUGAAUAAAGUAAUUAAAGAAUAUCCUGAUAUAAGUUACAGUAGGAAAACCUUAAUUAAAUAUGGUUUUAAAGAAGAAGAUAUAAGCGAACUUGUUCAAACUGGUGUUUUAAUAAUUAGAGAUGCUGGAUGUUGGUGGUUGGAUAUACCAGGCUCGGGAGAAUUUAUAAAGUCACAUACUUCUGGUCGUAAAGCUAUACUAAGAUCAAUUCAACAGACUAAAUAUAAAGAAAUAUUACAGUCAGAAUUAGAACAAAGAAAACUCACAAAAGCUGCAAAAUUAGGGAUGGAAUAUCAUAUUUAUGAUAUUAUAGGUGCCGAUAUGGUAAAAUGCAUUGAUACCACUUCAGGGAAGUUAUUGAGACUGGAGAGGUGACAUUUUUAAAAACUUCACUCAUCUGAUAAGAACAAGUAAAUUUUAUCCUAUGCUAUUUCUUUGACAAAAGAUAUUUGAAAUUCAUUUUAUAAAAGUAGUAAUAUGUCAUAUUACUAAAAUAGCUAUCAAGAACUUGUACAAAAGGAAGUCGUAUUUUGUAAUGACAAUUAAAAUUGCUUUAGGUAAUGUGUAAAUACUAUAUGACAAUAUAAUAGAAAAUAAUACAGUAUUGACAAUAUAAGCACAGGGCAACAAAUUAAAUAAUUAAAAAAAAAUGCAUAUACAUGAAAACGUGUUUGUCUUUCUUAUAGCCUAGGAGUUUGUCUGCUGUUAUUGUAUUUAUUACUUGGAAAUUGUUAUUUACUAUUGUUGUAUUUGUUUCGGCUAAAGCUAGCCCGAGUUUCAAAGGCAAAAAUAUUUUAUUUCUAUGUCUUUUUGAAUUAUUUAAUUUGUUACCUUAUGCUUGUAUCAUCAAUACUAUAUUAUUUCUCAUGUAGUAUUUAUGCGUAAUUUUUUGCCUGUGUUAGAAACUGUAAAUUUAAGAUAAAAAGGUACUUUAUUUAUAAACUUGAACAAUAAAUCUUUUAAACUGUGAAGUAAUUUGAGAUACUGUACAAAAAAUGAAAAGUAUUCUAUAUUUGAA